CGUCGGUAUUAGCGGGUUAAUAUAAAUUACAUUUGCUACAUGUAAAUUAGGGUACUUACUAUAUAAAUACGUGGCGUCUAAUUUAACUGCCUAGUUUACACAAUGCGAGUGUUUAAUAAAAUACUUCUGUUGCUGUAUUUUGUAUUCUUGAACAUAUUAGAUGGCGUCUCAUCGAUCAGAACAAAUGUGAUAAAUAACGAUUUAAAUCAAUUUGUGCAAAUCUUGCGUACCUUCAGUUUAUCCAAUGUAGACGCAAGCAGUAUAUUAUUGAAUCCGUCCAAUUACGUAAAAUAUUACUCGGGCCUCAAAAACGAAGAUCUAUAUUUAAAUGCGCCACAACUGAUAAAGAAAUAUGGUUAUCCUGUUGAAACGCAUCAUGUUACCACUAAGGAUGGAUACAUUCUGACAUUAUUUAGAAUUCGAUGUGGGUCUAUACCGGUGUUAUUAUUCCACGGUCUUCUAUUAAGUGCAGAUGAUUUCAUAAUAGCAGGACCAAAUGAAGGAUUGGCAUAUCUACUAGCUGCAGCUGGUUACGACGUUUGGUUGGCCAACGCACGCGGGACCAAAUACUCCAGAAGACACGAGACGCUAAAUCCCGACAAAGACUCAAAAUACUGGAACUUUACCUUCCAUGAAAUUGGUGUAAUUGACACCCCAACGAUUAUUGACUAUAUAUUGGAUGUUACUGGAUAUUCAAAAUUAAUAUACAUUGGACAUUCACAAGGAACCUGUAUAUUUUUCGUAAUGUGCUCAGAAUACCCUGAAUACAAUGAUAAAGUUUAUAUUAUGUUCGCUAUGGCCCCCGUAGCAUAUAUAUGUAAUAUGAAAAGCCCAUCAUUCAGAGCACUUGCGUAUUUUGUAGACGAGGAAUACUUUUUGUAUAAACAUUUGGGAUAUCCCAAUGAAGUUUUACCAAGCAAUGCAUUAACAAAAGCAAUUUCUGGCAUCGUCUGCGGUAUAGCGGGCCUCGCAGUGGCUACUCUUGUCUGUACAAAUAUAGCAUUUACGUUUUUUGGUUAUAAUUACUCUCUAAUGAAUGUAACAAAUAUACCAAACAUUGCACAGCAUGCACCAUCUGGGGCAUCUGUUAAGCAAAUUUUGCAUUAUUUUCAAGAAGUAAAUUCAUGCAAUUUUCAACAAUUUGAUUAUGGUCAAAAAAAAAAUAUUCAAAUGUAUGGUAACAAAACUGCGCCGCCAUAUUACCUUGAAAGGGUCAAAGCACCUGUUUUUAUCUUCUACGGUGAUAAUGACUGGCUCGUAGAUCCUAAAGACGCAUGGAAAACUAGAAGUCAAUUACAAAAUGUCAUUGAGUUUUACAAAGUGCCUUACUCAAAAUUUAACCAUUUAGAUUACUUGUGGGCCAUAAAUCCGAAGACAUUGGUAUAUAACAAAAUUUUGAAAGUACUAAGAAAAUUUGGGCUUAAUAGCAAAGAUACUAUGUGUUCAAAAAAAUAAUCUGAAUGAGGCAUGUCGUUUUGUCAUGGUGACAAAUUUAAGCUACCUACCUAAUAAAAAAUAUUAUUUUUUACAAUAAAAUUAAGCAUUAUUAACAAUUAUUUUAAUAUUUUGUGUGCCUUUUUUAGGUGGGAUAAAAACGCGUUAUUACUACCGUCACUGAGAGGAGACGCUCCUUCUUAAACCUGGAUGUCUUGUUUCGCCUAAGAUAGAUGAACAGGAAUGUCCCACCUCUAUGCCGCAUUGCAGCCCCUCUCUAUACGAGCCCACUGGCUUAAAGUGCCCACGAACUGCUAAAGAUGUUCUUGGCAUCUACAUAUGACUGCAGGAGAUCAACCACGUCCACCCGCAAUGUUAUCUACCCAGCGCCUCUUACGUAUUCUCUGUAUGAGGGCGGGAUUGAUCGGAUCACAAACUCACUCUUCGAUCUCCUUCUGCGAGAAAACGCACCCAGAAACUGGCCAUCCUCCGGCAACUGACCAUGACUAAUAAUAUCACAGGCGAAAAUGAGAGAUCUUCCGAUUCGAUAUCUGCUCUACGUUGUAAAUUCCACGCUGAGCAUUCCUCGAGAGUAUGUUGAACCAUGUCCUCGCGGCACCUAUGUCAAAAGUGGCGAAUUAACGCAUUUACCGCCAAUAGGCUAUUUAAAUUUUGCCGCCUCUUCUGACCUCUGCAUUUUGAUAUCCUACACGGCCAAGAUAGGUGAAAGGAAAUAUUUUAGAUUUAUAAGACUAAAAAAUGUUUCUUUGUUUUUAAUAUAAUCUAUAUUUUAUGAAAAAUUAAGAAGAAGAAACUAAACAUGUCCAGUAAAUUUUCUAAACUAAUAACAUUUAGGUAUUGUAAACCAGUUUAGUAAAUUUUCUGAGCUUCUAAAUAAUGUAAGUAAUCCAUAAAAUCAAUAAAUACUUACCUAAGUACAUACAACCAAAAAAAAAAAAAUUGUUUGUGAAUACACUUUUUUUUAUUAUAUGGCUACAAGCCCUACACUUUACUUUUUAACCGACUUCAAGAAAAAGGAGGUGGUUCUAAAUUCAACUAUGUUUUUUUUUAUGUUUGUUACUUCAGAACUUUUAAGUGUAUGAACCGAAUUUGAUGAUCCUUUUUUUAUUCUAAAGCUGGUGCUUUUCGUGUAGUCUUAUAUAAAUUUCGUUGUUAUUAGACCCUUGACUUCAGAAAUACCUCAGAAACUAUUAAAUGAAAAUAAUACUCUCUCCUUAAGUAAUUAUGUGCUGUUUUUAUAGGUCUUUCGUAUUAGUACCAUUAAGUUAGAUAUAAGUAAAAUCAAAGGCAUUUGUUAAAACCAUAUAUCAUUGAACGUAUGUA